CACGUUGAUGCCGCCCCUCCUGACUGAAACUUUGCCGUAAGCAGUACAACGUGCCAAAGCGAGGCUGCGAUAAUCGGAGCUCCUCCAUCGGCUCUGCAACAUAUCCUCCUCAGCAAGUGUGAACACUGCCUGCGCUGGUCCGCAACCCUCAUAAGGUUCCAUCUGAAAGACGCGAGAACGUGUGUGAGCGCCAGGUUGUGUCCGUGGACGUGUGUUUAUGUGUCACCAUGAAGCACCAGUCUAUCUCCAGGUGGCUGAGCCAGCUGGGACUGCCGCAGUACUGCGUAGCUUUGGAGCAGGAAUAUGAUGGCGUGGAGGAUCUGCUCCACCUCUCAGAGUACGACCUGUUGGAGCUCGGAGUCCACAAUCACCUCCACCGUCUGCACCUUCUCACCUCCCUGCGCCUCCUCCAGGAGCGAGAGAGGAGGAGAGAGUUGAGGAUGAUGGCGGAAGGGCGUUUUGCCAGUCUUCCCAGGUCAAUCCACACACACCACACCCUGGGAGGAGGCGGCACACACCCCGGAGUCGCCUCCAACCCACUCGGUGUGCCCAGCAGCAGCACCUGCUCCUCCAGGAGGCUGCAGGCCUCCCUCGCCACCUCCAUGGACCUCCUCAGCUCCAGACCUGGUGUCCCUCCAGGGCAGGGCAGCAGCCUAUCAGAGAAGCCCGCUGCCGCAUACCAGCCAAUCUCCAUUCACGGAACUCUGCCUCGACGCAAGAGGGGAGGGACCAACCUCACCUGUGGAAACUACACCUGGGACCCCAGAGCCAAUCACACACAGCAGAUCCUUUGCGGGAACACGUCACUGAUUCCCGGACACGUCCAUCAACCCACGGGCUCUCCACUGGUCCAAAAUAUCACUGAUGACUGUCAUGGUUACAGGGAGCCUGCCGCCAGCCUGGACGCCACUGUGGACUACGUGAAGUUCUCCCGAGAUCAGUUCAUCCUGGACUGCCCUUCAGAGAAACUUCGCAGAGAGCUCGAGGAAGAGUUAAAGAUGGACUGCGAGGAGCCGAGAAGCCACGCGUGGUACCACGGAGCGAUACCAAGACAGGUUGCAGAAAGCUUGGUGCAGCGUGACGGGGAUUUCCUGAUCCGUGAUUCGUUGUCCAGUCCAGGAAGUUACGUUCUGACCUCCCAGUGGAGAAACGCUGCCCAGCACUUUAAAAUCAAUAAGAAGGUCGUGAUGUUGAACGAAGCCUACACCAGAGUCGAGUUUCGACUGGACAGGGAAGGGUUUGACAGUGUCCCUGCACUUAUAAGAUACUACGUCGGCAACAGAAAACCCGUCUCUCAGGUGGUAGGAGCCAUUAUCUUCCAGCCAAUCAACAGACUGCUGCCUCUACGCUGCCUGGAGGAAAAGUACGGCUUGUCCAACAAUCACAGAGAUCGGCUCAUGGCGCAGGAGAGGCGUCAGAAGCGCCUCAGCCUCAACAUUACCAACGGACACACACAUGACGGCACACACGGCGUGCAGGACAACACACACUGCCAAGACAACAGCGUGGGCCGAAGCAGCCAGCUCAGGAUGAAGGAUCGCUGCGGCAGCCAACCAGCGAGUCUCAAUCAGGUCCAAGAGAGGCGACGCCCGCUCAAGGCGCACCAGUCAGAAAGCUACCUGCCGCUCGGAUCUAAACCUCAGCCCCUGCAGCCCCCUGAUCCUCUCCUCCCGAGCCCCAACCCCAAGUCUCCAGUCUUUCGGACGGGCAGCGAGCCAGCGCUGAGCCCCUCAGUCCCACGGAGGUCUGCAGAGCUUCUGGCAGGCCAGGCCAUCCGCGGCUCUGACAGCCAGCUGUGUCCCAAACCGCCUCCCAAACCCAGCAAGGUGCUGCUGGCUCGACUGCCUCGCUCCACCUUCCCUCCCCCCUCCAGCUCCUCCAGCCUCACAGACUCGUCCUGCACCCCUCCCAGUGUAACAGCACCUGUCCUGGACUCCACAUGUACAGAAUCUCCUGGGUCCACAUGGAGGAGUGGAGGCCCUCCUGUACCUCCGGUCAAACCCCUGAAGUUCCAGCAUCAGCUCCAGCCUGCAGACUCUCUCAGCUCUGCGGUCUCACCUGCUGAGCUGGUUCAGUAUCCUGAUUCAGAGGCAACAACAGGACGGACCGAGCGGCUGCAGCCGAGCCCUGCAGACUUCAGGUCCUGCCCGCUGGAGAGGGAGGAAGCCAAUUCACCGAACCCCCUCACAGACGACACCCUCGAGCUUCAGCCUCCGUUCUGCAGCUACGUGGAGAGACUGAGGAGAGAGGGGGAUGGAGGGAGACAGGGGGAGGAGGUGGGGGAGGAGAAGGAGGCGGGAGGGAAGAGAGGACUGGACAGAAGCUCCUACCAUCACGCCAUCGCAGCCUUAGAAAACACCAGCGAGGAAGAGGAGGAGGAUGAGGAAGACAAAAGGAGGGAGAAAGAGAGGAACGGGUUCCAGCGGCCGGUCGUAGAGACGGAGUCAACGUUCCGGCCGGCGGACUUCGGAUCUCGACUUCUGCCACCGGAAAACAAACCUCUGGAGGUGGUUGUCCUGAAGAGAGCGAAGGAGCUGCUGCUCAGUCACAAUCACCACAGCAUAGCCAGACACCUGCUGAUGGCUGACUGCCAGGUUGCGAGGAUACUCGGAGUGACUCCCGAGCUUAAAGGUCGGAUGGGCGUAGCCUCCGGGCUGGAGCUGGUGACGCUGCCGCAUGGUCGACAGCUGAGGCUGGACCUGAUGGAAAGGCACCACACCAUGGCGAUAGGUGUUGCUGUGGACAUUCUGGGAUGUACGGGCAGCGUCGAGGAGCGGGCGUCCACCUUAAAUCGCAUCAUCCUGGUGGCCUUGGAGCUGAAGGACACGGUGGGCGACCUGUUCGCUUUCACGGCCCUGAUGAAAGCUCUGGACCUGCCGCAGAUCAGCCGUUUGGAAGAAACAUGGACGACUCUGCGAAGGAACUACACAGAGACCGCCAUCAGCUACGAGAAAACGCUCAAACCCUUUUACAAGAAUCUGUAUGAAGGCACAGCUUCCUCACCUCCGGUGGUGUGUGUCCCCCUCCUGCUGCCUCUCCUCGCUUUGAUGGAGCGUCCGUCAGUCACACCUGAGGGGGCAGAGCUCUGGGAGACCAGCGACCAGGGCUGUGACAUCAUGCUUCGCCACCUAGAGGCCGCACGCGACGUCGCACACAACGCGCAGAGCUUCACGGCCAACGCACAGAAGAUCUUACAAGAGUUUGAGUGCGAUGAAGACCUGCUGGAGGUGUUUAAAACAGACUUCCAGCUGCGGCUGCUGUGGGGAAGUCGCGGAGCUUCAGUCAACCAAUCGGAUCGCUACAACAAAUUCAACCUCAUCCUCACUGCGUUGUCACGGAAACUGGAGCCGCCGCCCAAAACACAAACCUUAAUCUGACUUCACCUGAGCGGCUGUCCACCUGACACACUUUGAAGCUGAGCAGAACAUGAGACAGGAAGCGAUCUGGGAACGACGAGCUGUCACAUGUGAGGCAGAGGAUUUCGAAAUCAGACGCCACACUCAGACUCUGCUCUUUUUAUCAUCUAACAUUUCACAACUUCAGUUUUUCUACAGCUUAAUGUGUUCAUGGUUGGUGGCACUAAGCCUAAGACAUGGAUUAAACUCAUUAAACCUGUUGUAGGAUAUGAAAAUCAGCAAAACUUUCAUUCAGAUUGUGACAGCAGGUAGCUGCAGACGUCUACAGGUUCUGCUGACCAAAAUCCACCCAAACACUCAUCAAGUCACUUUAUUUUUUACACCAACAUUCCAGGCAACCUAGAACGCGUUUCUUCGACGAGAUUAAAGGAGAAAAGUAGCAAACAGCUCAAGUACAGUUUUGCAAAAAAGGAGGAAGGAAAUUUACCCACUAAGUCAAAGGCUGUGUGUACUGUUUAAAAUAAACGUGGACUGAACGGGAACACUGAGCGACUGAAGUGUCAGCUUGUUCUGUUGACACACAACCUGAUCAGUUUGCUUCUUCACCAACAGUUAAGACAUGCAGUAACAUGUAAAUGAAUCUUAUUUUAAUAACAACGUUCUCAUGAGAUGUUUUUUUUUCUACAAAUUGAUGGAAAAAAUGUACAGUAAAUGUCUUGACUGUAUUCACACGAGCAGAUACUUUCUCUGUAUGUUGCUAUAACUCUUUUUUUCUGUUGACAGAUGAACAUAUUUUUGUUUCUGUAUAAACUUUAAAAAGCCACAACGUGAGAUUAAAGUUGUACAUAGCUGAAAUAUUAGCAUGUUAAUAAUUUGACUGUACAUAUUUCAUGUAGAAGACUGUAAAAAAAAAGAUGUUGAUGAUUUUAAUGUUUAUAUUAUGAACUACUGUAAGAUAAUAAAUAUGGUGUACGAUC